AUGGAAAAAUGCAAGAUCGGGUUUGUAUCAACAUUCACAUUCACAUGCCUUGGCUCGGCAACUGCCAAGGACAUUUUACAUUUGUUUCCUGCGCUGCGGGUUGGGUUCGAGGGCCUUUGUAGCUUGUUUUCUGCCCUUCCUCCGCACCGCCAUCCAAACGAGCUUGUCACGGGUAUCGUGCACCGACUCCACGUUGUCUUCCUCUUACGCCCAUAUCCGCCGGGAGGGGCUGCCACCAUCAGCUCCACAACCUUCACGAUUCCCUCUUCAAGCAGCACCCGCCGUCCGGCCAAUAUACCACUUCGAAACCUGCCCUCGGCAGUAACCCGAUCACACGAGCAGGUCCAGUCUGCCUCCCUCCUCUCAGACGACGAGAAGCAGAGCGGGUUCUCUGCCUCUCCAAGAUCCGAAUCGGCAGGCUCUGAAUUCUCAGACUGGAGUGACACCGGCGACAUUGGUGAACUGGGCACAGGCGAAGACGACCCUUUACGACGGCAGCUCAGAGACUUCGACACAGGCCGGCAUACUGGGAGACGAAAUCGAGGAGAUACGAGAGUGCGAUAUCGACUCGACUCUGAACACGAAGAUAAGCAACCUCGCCGUGGCUUCGUUAAGGAAGAUAUCAAGAUCCCAACACCACCGCCGAGGCAAAUAUCUCGCGCUGAACAGGCGCUAGCAGCGAUGAUGUCGGGGGGGGAGCCUCAGAUGCACGGCCUGACCGGCAAGCCACUGGUGUAUUUCACAAGCGUAUUUGUAUCAUUGGGCGUGUUUCUUUUUGGGUACGAUCAGGGAGUCAUGUCCGGUAUCAUCACAGGCCCUAUUUUCCUAGAUUAUUUCCAUAAGCCAAAUGCGGCCGAGAUCGGGACUAUGGUUGCAAUUUUAGAAGUCGGAGCGUUCAUAUCGUCGCUGGUUGUUGGCCGCCUUGGUGAUAUCAUCGGCCGAAGAAGGACGAUUUUAUAUGGGAGUUUGAUAUUUUUCGUUGGAGGGGCCCUGCAGACGUGCGCAACAACUAUGAUGUUAAUGAUGCUGGGUAGGAUCAUAGCAGGAGUAGGGGUUGGUAUGCUCUCGACAAUCGUCCCAGUCUAUCAGUCUGAAAUUUCGCCUCCACACAACAGAGGCAAGCUAGCCUGUAUCGAGUUCUCAGGGAACAUCAUUGGAUACACCACAUCAGUUUGGGUUGAUUAUUUUUGCAGCUACAUUGACAGCGACUACUCUUGGCGGAUACCACUAUCCAUGCAGUGUGUAAUGGGUGGCCUACUCGCUCUGGGAAGCUUACUUAUUGUGGAAUCACCUCGAUGGCUACUUGAUAAUGAUCAUGAUGAGGAAGGCAUGGUUGUCAUAGCCAACCUUUACGGAGAUGGAGACAUCCACAACGUCAAGGCGAGGGAAGAAUUCCGUGAAAUCAAAAUGAAUGUCCUCAUUCAGCGCCAAGAAGGUGAAAGAUCAUACUCCGAGAUGUUCAAGAGAUACCGGGCUCGUGUCUUUAUCGCUAUGUCCGCGCAAGCAUUGGCUCAGCUAAACGGAAUCAAUGUCAUCUCAUACUAUGCGCCUCUGGUUUUUAUAUCCGCCGGCUGGAUAGGGCGAAAAGCCAUCUUGAUGACCGGCAUUAACGGCAUUACCUAUUUCCUUUCUACGAUCCCUCCAUGGUACCUGGUGGAUCGACUUGGAAGGCGGCCGAUCUUAUUGAGCGGUGCUAUCAUGAUGGCGUUGUCGCUAUCUGCCAUUGCAUAUUUCCUACACUUGGAUAUAAAGGCAACACCAACUUUAGUGGUCGUAUUCGUCAUGAUCUAUAAUGCGGCUUUUGGUUUCUCUUGGGGCCCGAUCCCAUGGCUGUACCCACCAGAGAUCUUGCCUCUCAGCAUCCGCUCGAAGGGCGCCAGCUUGUCUACCGCGACUAACUGGUUUUUCAACUUCAUCGUUGGGGAAAUUACCCCAAUACUUCAAGAAACAAUUGGGUGGAGGCUGUAUCUUAUGCAUGCAUUUUUCUGCGUCACCAGUUUCGUUGUUGUUUACUUCAUUUACCCCGAAACACGUGGGGUUCGUUUGGAAAACAUGAACCUGCUUUUCGGUGAUGCUACAUCCGCCAUGCCGACUCCAUCAGCAAGAGCAGAGACGGGUUCUUUGAUGGGACGUGGUUCUCCUGUCCCAUCAAUGGAUCUACGACGUGGGGUGGGGACAACGUCGAUGGAGAAUGGGCUAGGCUCAUCCUUGGCUAUUCCGGGCCUGGACAUUGAUCCACCGAAUGUCGAUAUUAGAGACGGUGUUCCACGAUACACGGCCGACAGAGGCCGUGGCGAGGGAGUGGGAGGAUGGAUCUCUCGGAUGGUUGGAGCCUCCCGCGGCGGUUCAAGCUCUCGGGGAGGCGCCAACAGUAAAUACAAACCUUUAGACCAGGACGAAGAGUAA